CAUCUGGUGUGUGUGUGACGAGCUUAGAAUAGAGUAGGUAGGCGGGGUAAGAGUAGUAUUUUGUCUGUCUUGAACUUUGAUUCAGUCAGAAGUCUGGACUAUUUAAAAAAAAAAAGGAGUCGGGGGAAACGGGCAGCGAAGUCUGUAGAGAUCUCACAAUGUGCGUACCAUUUUACUGGACACCUAUGAGAACUUAAUUACCGAACAGUUCGUGCCUGUGGGACCAUGACGUCUGCGGUCCACUUGGCUGCCAGUCGCCCGGAGCUGAAGGAGUUCGACAGUGUGAAGGAGUCCAUCAGCGACAUUAUCAACCAGCUGCGGGACAUCGACCCCGCCCGCCUCUCCUUCUCGCCCUUCCUGGACCUCGACACCCAGAUCUCCCUGGCGCCCGUGUCCGACAGCCCCGAGUCCUCCGUGGAGGAGCUGCACUCCCUGUCUCGCUCCCCGGCCGAAUCCCGCCACUCGCUGGAGCCGCCCCCAGCCGGGGAUUGUGCUGCGCCCUCCGGCCAGCUGGACCGGACACCCUCCUCGGAGAGCUUCGAUCAGCAACAGAGGCAGCAGGAGGAUGCAGAGGCAGCAGUGGCCGUUGCCGCGGUGGCCAGCGAAAUCUCCUUCCUGGACCGAGCGGCGGGAGACGCCCCUGGAAAUGGGACUACUACCCCUCUACCGGAAUUCCGGGACGAAUUUCCCAAAGGAGCGCGGAGCGACGGGUGGGGCCCUUUGGAAUCGACCAAUCAGGAGUCCACUGUAGAAGAAGACCGCCCGCUGAUUAGCCCUCCUCCCGAGACCAUAGAGCUGACAGUGUGGGACUCCCAGGCCCAGCCUGAGGGUGGCGCGGUGCCCAAUGUGGCCGAAAGAGGCCGCUGUCGCAGAUGCUGCUGCAGCAGUCGGUUCCGAGCUCUGUGUUCUGUCCUGGCCUCCCUCCUGGUGCUUCCAGGAAUUUUGUAUGGACUGUACUUCUACCUUCCCCUGGAAUCACCUCUCUGCCCCGACCUGGCCAGCCGGCUGGUCUUCGCUAUCCGCUGCUGUGUUGUGGCCGCGGUGCCCCUCCUGCUUGCUGUGCUGACCGGCGCUGUGUCCAGGCUGUGCACCUCCGCCUCUCUGGACCCCCUGGAGCCCUGUCCCAGAGGCCCUGCCCUCCAGCAGCGGUUCGUCGCCGGCUCCGUCGAGCAGCUGGCCCUCUACGCCCUCAACCUCGUCGUCAUGGCGACCUUCCUGCCCCAGGAGCAGCUGAGAGUGGUGCCCAUCCUGGCCGGGCUGUUUGUGGUGGGGAGGUUGGCCUACUGGAUGUGUCUCCACAUGUGUAGCUCCGGGCGGGGGUUCGGCUCAGGACUGACCGUCUUCCCUCUCCUGGCCAUGAUGGUCUUCAACCUCUUCUACCUGUUUGAUCUGGAGAUCGGUCACCUUUUGCCCAGAGCAGGGGAGGCCAACUCCACACAGACCACUCCCACCCCCCAGCCAGGCCUUGAGCCCCUGGGAGGCUGAGUGACAGGACAGCAGGCGCCUGCAGACUGACCAUGCUGCCUGGACACAGAGAGACAGAGGUGCUGCACAAACAAAUGAGCGUCUGCCUCAUUUCAUUCUUGAGAUCAUCUAUAUGAAAUAGUGGCUCUUCAAGCUUUACAAGACAUCAGGAACUAAAAAAAAAUGUCAGUGCGAUUGUCUUGCAAAUAAGACAUUGUUGUAGAGUAUUGUGGACUCAGUGGCCUCAUAAGAUGCUUUUUUUCCCCUUCCCAUGCUUUAAACAUCUCUUCAAGAAAAUUUCAGAAUGGUUACCCUGUUAACUAACUUGGUGAAUGUGACAAUUUUAACAAAAUU